AUGGCUGGUGCUGCAGUUAUUGGCGUCUUCCUUUCGCUGUUCCUUGGCACCCCCAUAGCUGUCUUUGCUACUGUCCUCAUCGGCAAGGCGAGCUGCGUGUUCGUUCCGCCAGUACGGCUCUAUUUGUGUUGUCAGCGAGCAUGGACACCCGUAAACGCCGUUCGUUCCGUCAACAGCAGCUAUGGACUAUAUGGAGGCCACAGCCGCAGCAGUCAAUACGGUAACUACUGGGGUAGUCAGUACGGCAGCAGCGACCACUUGAACGUCCCUCACCACCAAGCGCCACCAGCUGAGUACACUUGGUGGAGGAAAGCGAAGGAACAGGGAUGCGCAUUCGGGGCCGUAGCAGUACGAACCAUUACAGGAAUCAACAUGCCGGCAAGAGCGUCGACCGAGGAGGGCAUGGUUCCUGAACCAAGCAUCGAGGUCAACACGACUCAGCCAGCUCAUCCUGGCGCUCUUCCGAUCACUGACGACAGAACCGUUGCCUUUGAGGAAAACGAGAAUUGGCUAGGUCGAACAAGAUAG